CCCCACCUCCUCAUCCUCACCCACUGACCCUGUCCGCCACCUCUGCCGCCGCCGCCGCCCCCCUCUGCCUCUCCCUCUUUCCCUGCCCUUUGCCCCCCACCCUGCCCCCCAGGAGUAUAUCCGUCACAGGCUAGAGGAGGAGCAGCGACAGCUCGAGAUCCUUCAGCAACAGCUGCUCCAGGAACAGGCCCUACUGCUGGAAUACAAGAGGCAGCAGCUGGAGGAGCAGCGGCAGUCGGAGCGCCUGCAGAGGCAGCUGCAGCAGGAGCACGCCUACCUCAAGUCCCUGCAGCAGCAGCAGGCCCUGCCCGCGGACAGGAAGCCCCUGUACCAUUACGGUCGGGGCGCUAACCCUGCCGACAGACCGGCCUGGGCCCGAGAGGUAGAAGAGAGAACGAGGAUGAACAAGCAGCAGAACUCUCCCUUGGCCAAGACCAAGCCAGGCAGCACAGGGCCUGAGCCCCCCGUCCCCCAGGCCUCCCCUGGGCCCCCAGGACCCCUUUCCCAAACUCCUCCUAUGCAGAGGCCGGUGGAGCCCCAGGAGGGACCACACAAGAGCCUGGUGGCACACCGGGUCCCACUGAAGCCAUAUGCAGCGCCUGUACCCCGAUCCCAGUCCCUGCAGGACCAGCCCACCCGAAACCUGGCUGCCUUCCCAGCCUCACACGACCCCGACCCCACCGUGCCCGCACCCACUGCCACGCCUAGUGCCCGAGGAGCCGUCAUCCGCCAGAACUCAGACCCCACUUCCGAAGGGCCUGGCCCCAGCCCGAACCCCCCAGCCUGGGUCCGGCCUGAUAAUGAGGCCCCUCCCAAGGUGCCUCAGAGGACUUCAUCUAUCGCCACUGCCCUUAACGCCAGUGGGGCUGGAGGGUCCCGGCCAGCCCAGGCUGUCCGUGCCAGACCUCGCAGCAACUCCGCCUGGCAAAUCUAUCUGCAAAGGCGGGCCGAGCGGGGCAACCCCAAGCCUCCAGGAAGCUCCCAGGGCAAUUGCAGUCUCCAGGCUCAGGAUUACCCCUCCCAAAUGAGGUAUCUCGAGCAUUCUGAGUCCAUGAAGUCAGUCCUGUAG